UGUAGAGAACACCGUAGAACAUUACGUUUGAGUAAAGAUCAAGAAUGUUUUCUUUGGAAAAGUUUAGAGACGUCAACGAGCGGCCAACUGCUGCAGCUGAGGAAAUAUGUGACGAUGCUACAAGAGCUGCCGUCGAGGACGAGGCAGAGAUCGACCGUCAGCGCAGGAUGCUGGAUAUCUACUGGAACCCUCACAUCCUCUUACAAAUAAUAGACGUCCCACAGCAACAUGUGUGUAAGGAGGAGGAGGAUGAACAGCAGCUCUGUGACCAGGAGAGGAAGUCCAGUCUGGACCAGGAGGAGCCAGAGCCUCCACAGAUGAAAGAGGAGCAGGAGGGAGAGUGGAUCAAACAGGAGGAGACUGACACCUUGAUGUUGACUCUUAAGGAAGAGGAAAGUGAAAACAGAGAAGCAGAUGGACAACAUGAACACCAGCUCCUUUCUCACAACUCUCAUGUUGCUGGGAAACAAGAUCCCAAAGAGAACAAGCAGAAAGACUCAGAGAUAACUGGAAAAUCAAAAUCAAGACAAGAGAGAGACAGAAAACACACAGAUGUCCCACAGCAACAUGUGUGUAAGGAGGAGGAGGAUGAGCAGCAGCUCUGUGACCAGGAGAGGAAGUCCAGUCUGGACCAGGAGGAUCCAGAGCCUCCACAGAUGAAAGAGGAGCAGGAGGGAGAGCAGCUCAAACAGGAGGAGACUGACACAUCAUCUUUGAAUUUACACAUUCUUACUCACACAAGUACGAAGCCGUACACCUGUGAUACCUGUGGAAGAUCAUUCACAUAUAAAUUUAAUUUAGAUAGGCACUUAAAAAUCCAUACAGGUGAAAAACCACAUACCUGCACAAUGUGCAACAAAUGUUUCAGACAUAAAAAUUCAUUGAUAAUCCACAUGAGAAGACACACGGGGGAGAAGCCUUUCUUCUGCAGCACCUGUGGAAAAAGAUUCAGUCAGAAAUCAGUUCUGAAUUAUCACAUUCUUACCCACACAAGUACAAAGCCGUUCAACUGUGGUACCUGUGGGACAUCGUUCAAAUAUAAAUAUACUCUGAACAAGCACGUAAGGAUCCAUACAGGGGAAAAACCACAUACCUGCACAAUGUGCAACAAAUCUUUCAGACAUAAAGGUUAUUUGACAGUCCACAUGAGAAGACACACAGGUGAGAAGCCUCACUCCUGCAGCACAUGUGGAAAAAGAUUCUGUCAGAAAUCAGAAAUGAAGCAUCACGUCCGUUCUCACACAGGUACAAAGCCGUACACCUGUGGUACCUGCUGGACAUCAUUCACACAGAAAUGUCAUCUGGACCUUCACUUAAAAAUCCAUACAGGUGAAAAACCACAUACCUGUACAACAUGCAACAAAUCUUUCAGUCGUAAAAGUGAUUUGAUACCCCACAUGAGAACACACACAGGUGAGAAGCCUUUCUGCUGCAGCACCUGUGGAAGAAGAUUCUGUCAGAAAUCAGCUUUGAAUCGGCACAUUCAAACUCACACAGGUACAAAGCCGUACACCUGUGGUACCUGUGGAACAUCAUUUACCAGGAAAAGUUAUUUGGACAAGCACUUUAAGAUCCAUUCAGACAAUAAUGGUUAAACUUCCUAAACAUGUGGCAGGUCUCUCAGAAUUGGUGCUGACUUGAUGAUUCAUGAGAGAAGAACUGACACUGCUGAGAAGCUGUACCUUUGAUAUCUGAGAUCUGCUAGAAAAGAGACUUUGACUCCUCUACUUUGUCAUGACUAAUGUUAGGUGAUGUUACUGUUAAAGUUACUUGUUAUGUUACCAUAUUACUGCCAUUAAAAACAUUCCUGUGUUACAUAAUGAGAAAAGUAACACGUGAAGUCCAGCUCAGACCAAAGAUUCAUGACACAACCAGACAGAACAGUGGUAUGAGGCAGACCUUAUUUUUGAUUAUUCUUCAAGUUGUAAUUAGUUAUGUAAUUUAGGAAGUUCUUGUGUAAUGCUACAGAUUUAGAAGUUCCCUCAAACUUCAAAGUAUUCCAUUUUGAAUUGUAUCAAGCAUCAUGUAACAUCUUUUAUUGCCU